AAAAAUCGACACAAGAAUGAGAGCGUUGUGUUUACUGGACGUAAGUGUGUGUUCAUUACCUUGGGUUUACUGGACUAUCUUGGGCAUGAGCUGCAGUCGUAGGAUUUUUCAUUUGUCUAUUUAAUAGCAAAGUGUUAAAGAUGAACAACCCAGUCUACUUCACCAGAGCCAAACAAGAGGAGACGCUCUGGAUAGAAAAAAAGAAAGAAGACAAGCAAACAAUUUCUGGGGUUGAGGCCAGAGACUUUUACCAAAGCCUCUUACAAGAGAGAGAUAGAGAAAGGCCAAGAGAUGGAGAAGCAGCAGCAAGUAGAAGAGCAAAAAGACGAACAGAACCCAAUCGAAGAAGAAGAGAAGCAAGAAGGCUAGAAGCUUCCACUGUGCAGCCAGUUUGCACGGAGCGUGAUGGACACAAACUCCUGCAGUGCGCCCAGGAAGGCAACAUUCGGGCCCUGAAAGACCUCUUACGACGUGGCUGUGAUGUCAACUUCCGGGAUGAUUUUUUCUGGACAGGUGUGAUGUGUGCGAGUCAGGCAGGACAAACAGAAGCCGUUCGGCUGCUCCUGGAGCAUGGGGCCGCUUGGGUUGGAGUCGUGGACAAACAGGGCAGAGAUGCUCGAGAUCUGGCGCUGCAGGCCGGUCAUCAGGAUGUAGUGAGGGAGUUGGAGCAAUUUAAUGUGCCAGAGACCACAAACACAUCUAUAACAAACAAUGCAGACAGGUUAGAUGAUUUAGUGUGCAGAUGUCCAAACAUUGUUCAUUUUUAAAUAAUACUUUAAUUUUGAUUUUGACUGUGAUUGUUUUUUCUUUUAUGAUGAGCUGAUAUAAAAAAUGGUUUUGAGAGGACAAACGUAUAAUUGCAGUAAAUGCUGGUUAUGAAAAAUGUAAAAAAAAAAAAAAGCAAGAGUGUCAUUUUCUUAAACAUCAGUGUGUGAGAUUAAUAACAACACACACACUGAUAUUAAUGAAAAUAAUUGUAUAUAACGACUAGUUAGUAUUAUUUGAUUUAGAUCUUACAAAAAAAAACUCAUAAAAUAGGCACACAUAGCUCUAAAAAUCUAACCUAAACUCUAAAAGUUCUCAUCACAAGUGAUAUUUUAUAGAUUAGAUGGUCUUUAUCAGACCUAAUGUGUAUGUUUCUUUUUUUCAGACACCAGUCAUCAUAUAUAUAUAGUUUUAUUUUUUAUUUUUUGACCAAAGUGUUUUGAAUAACCCUGGUCUUAAAGUCCAAUCGGAGUGUCAAAAUUCAUGGUGGCCGCCCUGCCAACAACACUGUGAGUUUACGCUGCUGCUGAUGAGAGCAUCAUUGGUUCUGGCCUCCCUACCUUUAUAAUUCUGAAGAUUGGAAUGUUUUCAUAUUUAAUAAUGAAAUAAACCAAUUAAAGCUGUUUGUA